AUGUCUUCUCACUCUGCUUCUGCUGCUGCUGCUGCCAACCAGGCUCUCAUCGCUCUUGUUGCCCGGCUCAAUGAGAUGGUUCAAGAGGUUCUCCAGUCGCAGUCUGAGGACGAGAAAAUGGACUUGAGCUGUGAGAUUGCUCGCGAAGUGAAUGUCGUGAUUUGUUCAUAUGGGAGUGACACUUCAUAUGUUCCCCCUGGCCUGCUGUCACUUGCAGCUGAGAUCUUUUGUGCUCAGAGGCGCACUGCACAAUUGGUGGUAGUACCGGAUUGGAACCGUCUUGGUAACAAUCAGGAUAUGUGCAUGAAGCAUCCAUUGUACAGUAAGACAUUGGGUCAUGCACCACCUGUUUCACCUGCAGCUACUGCUCCUGCACCUGCGCCGGUACCUGCGCCUGCACCGGUACCUGCUCCUGCUCCUGCCCCGGUACCUGUGCCUGCCCCAGUACCUGCUCCUGCUCCUGCACCGGUACCUGCGCCUGCACUGGUACCUGCCUCUGCACCUUCGCUGGUACCGGCGCCACAUAUCAGCAUUCGCAUACCCAAAGAUGUAGCACCCGGUGGGACAGCAGCAGCAGGGCCAUCAACAAACCGGAAAUGCCGACUCAGCAGCCCUCCUUUGCCUCGAGUCAAUUGGGCCCGGAAGCCUGCCCCAAAGUUGAAGGAAAUUUUGUCUGACACUGACACUACCGACAAUGACAAGGUGAAGGGGAAGGGGAAGGGGAAGGCAAAAGCACUGGAAGAUGACAGCGAUGAGGAUGGUGAGGGGAUCGAUGUAGAUGAUCUUUCAGACCCCCCAAAAUCAACUCGUAGGGCUGUAAUCAUUGUAAAAAAGAAGGGCAGUGCAUCGAAGGCAAGUCAGCAGGUUGUGAUUCAGGAUGAUGAAGAGGAUGAAUUGGAGGAUGAGGAUGAUGAUACACAAGGCAGGCCAAAGGCAAGUUCAUUAUUCUUCUUCACAUUUGCCAGUCUAUCGCUCAUCCGGAUGCAGGCCACUGUCAGACCAGGGAAACGACAAAAACUGUCCAUGCAGCCCAAGGGCAAGGCCACCAGUAAGAAGGGCAAAGUGCCACAACCGAAGAUGGCAUGCAUCCGGACUAACACAGAGAGCACACACACCACCUCUUCCACCGCCAUUACCCCCAUCACCGUCACUGCACCACCUGCAGCCGCAGUCGCCACUUGCUCCAAGACCAUCCGGUCCAAAGCCACCGGAGAGAAGAUGGGUGGGAAAUCCAAGAUGAAAGGCAAGUCUUUUGUUUCCGGCAAGGAUAUCUGGCACCCCAAUCCUAUCCAAGAGGAAGAGGACAACAUCAACGAUGUCCAGAUGGUUGGUGCCGGCGGUUCUGUACAACAACCAGCCCCUUUGGCAUCGGCAAACGAUUUCCCUGCUGAUCAUUGGGUGGAGCCCGGCAAUGAUCAGAUGCCACCUUCAUCACCGGCCAUGGCCUCAGAGGACGAUAUCCGGUUCUCGCCGUUACCUGUCGAUUACAACCAGGCCUCCCCUGCCUUUCCUUCCGGACCCGGUCAAUCCACCCAAUACCCUCUCUCUCAUGACGAGAUGGAGGCCAUGUUGGCCCAAAUUCGCAUUGAUAUGGAGGAACUGCGCACACACGAUCGAAUGGAAAUUGACAUCCGGCAUGAUCGCUUGGAGCGUUGCAUGGACAUCGCCGAGGCAUCUGAUAGCGCCAUGGCCAUGCAGAUUGAUGACAUAGGGCGGGAUAUGCGUGUGCAGAAGGGACUCCUUGCUGAGUGCACAGCUGAAGUAAGAGGCAUUGUCAGGUAUCUGAGGGAGCAAAGAUCCAGUCAAGCAACAGUGUCAACUCCACCAACAUUUAAUCCACCCCCGAUGACAGCCCACAACCCAUCUAUCAGUGCGUUUGCUCGCACUGUGACCAACAAUGUGUUCACUCCAGAUAUCUCUUGGAUGGGUGCCCAGACCGGUGGUGAUAUGUUGGGUGAUACUGCAGAUGGAUCACCGGUUGCAAGGCACAACCGGGUGCCAUCCAAUUCCACCAUCAUCCCUUCACUGACCAUGAGGGAAUCCGGCUCAUCUGUUCCUCCGGUUGGUGCACCACCUGUGCAAUCUCCUAUUCUCCCGGUCGCCGGGCCAUCAAAUGUGCCGGCUGAGGCGCAGUCCAUCUCGGCUCCUUUGCCAUGCCCGCGAUUUGGACCUCUAUCGCACCAAGGUCGGUCAGUGAGUGCUAGGUAUCCAAGCAAGCCUUCCGGUGAUGGGCCGACAUAA